UCAUGAAUAAGGUGCUCUAAGAAGAAAAAAAAAGUUAUCCUUCGCGAUUGACGAGAGAGAGAGACAUGAGUCAGAGAUGAUGAUCUUAAAGAAUGGAAUGAAGGAGCGCGUCAAUCACGUCACACCUUCAUUUUCAUUUUCAAUUUCAAUUUCAAUUUCCAGAUCUCCUCUUCUCCCUCAUUUUCCCCUUUCUCUCUCUUCCCUCCUAUCUUCCACGCCAUAGGAGAGAGAAAACCUUAAUUUUUUUCCUUUUUUUGAAAAAUUAAAAAAUAAGAAAGGUGUGUAACGAUAAAAGAGGGGGUUAUAAGUUACAUGAAUGACAAUAACUCCGCCAUCUUUGCUCUCCCUCACAAUCGACUCUGCUCUUCUCCAUCUCUCUUCUUUUUCUGAUCUUUCUCAUAUUCCUGAUCACAUUCUCAUCGAUCUUUUUCGGCGAACAUUGAAAGCUGGAAAAUUGAAUGAGAGGAUUCUUAAUUUGUUCAUAGCUUCCGGCGACGACAAACUUCUUUCCUUUAUCAAGGAGCUCAACAUCAGGCCAGUAUAUACUCCAGUUCUUCCCACUCGUAACAUUAAGGAUGAUGAUGUAGAUAUUGUGAUUGGUGCUCUACAGUCUGAUCUCACGUCUUUUAUGAAUGCAUGGAAACCCAUAUUCUCUCGGUUUCACUUGAUUAUAGUCAAAGACCCUGAAUUGAAGGAAGAUCUGAAGAUUCCAGAUGGAUUUGAUGUCAAGAUAUAUACAAAAGCAGACAUGGACAAGACUGCUGGAGCGUCACUGACUUCCCAGCUUUUCUCUGGCUAUUCAUGUCGCUACUUUGGCUAUCUUGUCUCCAAUAAGAAAUAUGUUAUCUCGAUUGAUGAUGAUUGCAUCCCAGCCAAGGAUGAUAAAGGAUUCCAAGUGGAUGCUGUUGCCCAGCAUCUUUUUAACCUUGCAGUCCCUGCCACCCCUCUCUUCUUCAAUACACUUUAUGACCCAUUUUGCAAGGGAGCUGACUUUGUUCGUGGAUACCCAUUUAGUAUGCGAGAAGGGGUGCCUUGUGCUCUCUCGUGUGGCCUCUGGCUCAAUUUAGCAGACUUGGAUGCUCCAACACAAGCCCUCAAGCCUGAGCAGAGGAACACUAGAUAUGUGGAUGCUGUUCUUACUGUUCCGGCAAAGGCAUUGAUGCCGCUUAGUGGAAUCAACAUAGGGUUCAACCGUGAGUUGCUGGGUCCUGCUUUGUUCCCCGGUUUGAAGCUGACAAAGGAAGGAAAGUUAAGAUGGGAAACCAUGGAAGAUGUAUUUUCUGGUAUGUGUGUUAAGGUUGUGUGUGACCACUUGAAGUUUGGGGUGAAAACUGGUCUGCCUUAUGUCUGGAGAGAGGAAAGGGGUGAUGCAGUUCAGAGCUUAAAGAAAGAUUGGGAGGGUAUGAAGCUGAUGGAGGAUGCAGUUCCUUUCUUCGAGUCUAUCAAAUUGCCUGCUGAAGCAGUUAAAGCUGUGGAUUGUUUAUUGGAGGUAGCAAAACUGGUCAAGGAAAGGUUUGCGGCUGAAAAGAAUUCUGUAUUUAUUCAAGCUGCUGAUGCCAUGACCGAGUGGGUUAAGCUAUGGAAGAAGGUUGUACCAGCCUCCAAUUAGAUAUUUGGAAGGGCAGAUGACGUAGAAUUCACUGUUAAUUAAGUCAUAUACAGUAGUUAUUGGGAACCUGAAUUGGCGAUGUUUUACUUGCUAAGGUGGCUAUGCUUGUUCACUUACAGCCUUGUUUUCAAAAUCGUGUUGAUUACAGAUAUUUCCGUACUAUGUUAAUUGUUGAUUAGGGAUAUUGCCCGUUGUUGGAAUAUAACUUCUGUGACUUAUUUACAUGAUUACUUUAGUCAUCUAUCUAAUUCCUUGGCUU